AUGGGUCUCGCUUUUGGUAAACUUUUCAGCCGUUUCUUUGGCAAAAAAGAUAUGAGAAUUUUAAUGGUCGGUUUAGAUGCUGCUGGUAAAACCACCAUUUUAUACAAACUUAAAUUAGGUGAAAUUGUUACUACAAUUCCAACCAUUGGUUUCAAUGUCGAAACUGUCGAAUUCAAAAACAUUAACUUCACUGUAUGGGAUGUUGGUGGUCAAGAUAAAAUUCGUCCAUUAUGGAGACAUUAUUUCCAAAAUACUCAAGGUCUUAUCUUUGUUGUUGAUUCAAACGAUAGAGAAAGAAUUCAAGAAGCUUGUGAUGAACUCACUAAAAUGCUCAAUGAAGAUGAAUUACGUGAUGCUGUUUUAUUAGUUUUCUGUAACAAACAAGAUCUUCCAAAUGCCAUGAGUGUCGCUGAAGUUACCGAUAAAUUAAAUCUCCACUCUCUCCGUUCAAGAAAAUGGUACAUACAGUCAACUUGUGCCACCAGUGGUGAUGGUUUAUAUGAAGGUUUAGACUGGCUCUCAAAUACCUUAACAAGCUCCUCAAAAUAA